AAGUGCACGGUGGAUUCUAACAAUCUGGUGGCCCCAGAAUUGACUCGUGGUCGGAGUUUGAGAGACUGAACCACUAGACUGAGGACUCUCCUUGGAUUCCCUGCCUGUUACCCACCUUUGUCGUCUCCCCUGGGCAGUCAGGAUGAACGUCCAGUCUUGCUCUAGGUGUGGGUAUGGGGUGUAUCCCGCUGAAAAGGUCAGCUGUCUAGAUCAGAUAUGGCAUAAAGCGUGUUUUCACUGUGAAGUCUGCAAGAUGAUGCUAUCGGUUAAUAACUUCGUGAGUCACCAGAAAAAGCCCUACUGUCAUGCCCACAACCCCAAGAACAACACUUUCACAAGUAUCUAUCAGACUCCAUUAAAUCUAAACAUGAAGCCGUCUCCAGGAGACAUCCAUGAGGUUGAUGAGCAAGAGCAUGGUGAACAGUUUAAAUCGGUGUUUCGGUGGGACAUGGAUUCCAAGGACGGGGCAGCUGCACCUAAUGGGCAACCACUGGUGAAUGAGAGAGCCUGUUGGACCGGAUACAGAGAAGGGAACGCCUGGUGCCCAGGAGCCCUGCCGGACCCUGAAAUCGUAAGGAUGGUCGAGGCUCGGAAGACUCUCGGUGAGGAGUAUACGGACGACUAUGAACAACAGAGGGGCAAGGGGAGCUUUCCAGCCAUGAUCACGCCUGCCUACCAAAGGGCCAAGAGAGCCAACCAGCUGGCCAGCCAAGUGGAGUACAAGAGAGGGCAUGACGAGCGUGUCUCCAGGUUCACCACGGUGGCGGAUACUCCUGAGCUGCUACGGGCCAAGGCUGGGGGACAGCUUCAGAGCGAUGUGAUAUACACGGAGGACUAUGAACAUCAGCGAGGGAAAGGAAGUUUUCCUGCUAUGAUCACACCUGCUUAUCAGAUAGCCAAACGAGCCAAUGAGCUGGCGAGUGAUGUGAGGUACCAUCAGCAGUACCACAGAGAAGUGAAAGGAAUGGCCGGUUCGGCCGCUGCCGCCGAGGGCACGUGGACGAAGGACUCUGCGGGUCAGUGUGGCCAGGGUUACUUGGAGGAAUGUGAGGAGCACAGAGGGAAGGGCAGCUUCCCCGCCAUGAUCACCCCAGCUUAUCAGAAUGCCAAGAAAGCCAACGAACUCAUUAGUGAUAUAAAAUACAGGCAGGAUUUCAACAGGAUGAAAGGUGCCACACAUUAUCACUCCCUCCCAGCCCAGGACAACUUGGUUCUGAAGCGGGCUCAGAGUGUGAACAAGCUCGUGAGCGAGGUGGAGUAUAAGAAGGACCUAGAAGGUAGUAAAGGUCACAGUAUCAACUACUGUGAGACACCUCAAUUCAGGAACGUGAGCAAGAUCUCAAAAUUCACCAGUGAUAACAAAUAUAAAGAAGACUACCAGAACCACAUGAGAGGCCGCUAUGAAGGAGUGGGUAUGGACAGACGGACUCUCCAUGCCAUGAAAGUUGGAAGUCUGGCAAGCAACAUCGCCUACAAAGCCGAUUACAAACACGACAUUGUGGACUACAACUACCCAGCCACGCUCACGCCCUCCUAUCAGACGGUGGUGAAACUUGUGCCCUUGAAAGACGUCAACUACAGGCAGAGCAUCGACAAGCUGAAGUACAGCUCCGUGACCAACACCCCUCAGAUCGUUCAAGCCAAAAUCAACGCCCAGCAGCUGAGUCACGUGAAUUACCGUGCUGACUAUGAGAAAAAUAAGUUGAAUUACACCCUGCCCCAGGACGUCCCUCAGCUGGUGAAGGCCAGGACCAACGCCGAGCUCUUCAGUGAGGUUAAGUACAAAGAAGGCUGGGAGAAGUCCAAGGGGAAAGGAUUCGAAAUGAAGCUGGAUGCCAUGUCUCUGCUGGCCGCCAAAGCCUCCGGAGAGCUUGCUAGCAAUAUUAAAUACAAAGAAGAAUAUGAAAAAACCAAAGGCAAAGCCAUGGGAACUACAGACUCGAGGCUUCUGCACUCCCUGCAGGUUGCCAAGAUGAGCAGCGAGGUUGAAUACAAGAAAGGCUUUGAAGAGAGUAAGACCCACUUCCACCUGCCCAUGGACAUGGUGAACAUCAGGCAUGCUAAGAAGGCCCAGGCUCUGGCCAGUGACCUGGACUACAGGAAAAAACUGCACGAAUACACUGUGCUGCCCGAAGACAUGAAGACGCAGUGGGCCAAGAAAGCCUACGGGCUCCAGAGUGAGCUGCAGUACAGAGCUGACCUGGCGUGGAUGAAAGGCGUGGGGUGGCUGACCGAGGGCAGCCUCAAUUUGGAACAGGCCAAGAAAGCCGGACAGCUGGUCAGCGAGAAAACCUAUCGGCAGAGGGCGGAUGAGCUGAAGUUCACCAGCGUGGCCGACAGCUCCCAGAUGGAGCACGCCAAGAGGAGCCAGGAGCUGCAGAGCGGGGUGGCCUACAAGGCAGGAAACGAGCAGUCGCUGCACCAGUACAGCAUCAGCAAAGACGAGCCGCUGUUCCUGCAGGCCCGGGCCAAUGCCGCCUGUCUCAGCGAGAAACUGUACAAGAGCAGCUGGGAAAACCAGAAGGCAAAAGGCUUUGAGUUGCGACUUGACUCCUUGGCCUUCCUGGCAGCCAAAGCCAAGAGGGACCUGGCCAGCGAGGUGAAGUACAAGGAGGAUUAUGAGAGGUCCAGAGGGAGGCUCAUCGGGGCCCAGGGUGCGCAGGGCGACGCGCAGAUGAGCCACUCGCUGCAAAUGUCCAAGCUGCAGAGUGACCGGGAGUACAAAAAGGGAUUCGAGGACACCAAAUCCCAGUGCCACGUCUCCCUAGACAUGGUCCACCUUGUGCAUGCCCGCAAGGCUCAGCAUUUAGCCACCGACAGAGGCUACAGGACGGCGUCGCGCCACUUCACGGCUUUGCCCACGGACAUGAAGGUGGAAUGGGCCAAGAAGGCUUACAGCUUACAGAGCGACAACCAAUACAGGGCAGAUGUGAAGUGGAUGAAAGGCGCGGGCUGGGUCGCCACCGGGUCGUUAAACGUGGAGCAGGCGAAGAAGGCAGGAGAACUCAUUAGCGAGAAGAAGUACCGUCAGCAUCCAGAUGCUUUGAAGUUUACCAGUAUUAAAGACACUCCGGAGAUGGUCCAGGCCAGAAUUAGCUAUACCCAAGCAGUGGAUAGGUUAUACAGGGAACAAGGAGAAAACAUAAAGCAUCAUUACACGCAGACAGCAGACCUCCCUGAAGUCCUGCUGGCCAAGCUGAAUGCCAUGAAUAUCAGUGAGACACGGUAUAAGGAGUCCUGGAGCAAACUCCGCGACGGCGGGUAUAGACUGAGACUGGACGCCAUCCCGUUCCAGGCAGCGAAGGCAUCUGGUGAAAUCAUCAGCGACUACAAAUACAAAGAGGCAUUUGAGAAAAUGAAAGGGCAGAUGCUCGGCUCCCGGAGCUUGGAAGAUGAUAUCAGCCUCGCGCAUUCAGUGUACGCCAGCUCGCUGCAGAGUGAAGUGAAUUACAAGAAAGGCUUCGAAAGCUCAAAGGCGCAGUUCCAUCUGCCACUGGACAUGGUAACCCUGGUGCAUGCCAAGAAGGCUCAGAGCCUGGCCAGCGACCAGGACUACCGGCGCCCGCUGCCCCAGCACACGUCCUUGGCGGAAGACCUGAGGCUCAGCUGCGCCAAGAAAGCUCACAAGUUGCAGAGUGAGAACGUGUACCGGUCGGACUUGAACUUCAUGCGAGGUGUUGCCUGUGUCAUUCCAGGCACAUUAGAGAUUGAAGGGAGAAAGAGAGCAUCUGAACUCAUCAGUGAGAGUAAAUACCGUCAGCACCCCCAGACGUUCAGGUACACAGCCGUGCCCGACACACCCAGCCUCCUCCAGGCGAAACUCAGCACCCAGAUUACGAACGAGCGCCUCUAUAAAGCGGCCGGGGAGGAUGCGAGACACCAGUACACAAUGACUCUAGGUCUGCCCGAGUUUGUCCGAGCGAAAACGAAUGCAGCCAAUCUGAGUGACGCAAAAUACAAGGAGUCUUGGCAUAAUCUCCGCGCUCAAGGCUACAAACUGACGAUAGACGCUCUGCCCUUCCAGGCGGCUCGGGCCUCUGGAGAUAUCGCCAGUGAUUUUCUCUACAGACAUGACUUUGUGAAGGAGCGAGGGCGGCUGAUCGGGGCCCGGAGCGUCAGUGACGACCCCCGGCUCCAGCACUGCCAGCGGAUGGGCCAGCUGCAGAGUGAGCAUUGGUACCGGAGGCAGGCAGCGGGCAGCCAAGCACAGUACCACCUGCCCAUGGACAUGGUGCACCUGGUCCACGCCAGGAAGGCCCAGGCCCUGGCCAGCGACCAUGACUACAGGACACGGUGCCACGAGUUCACGGCGCUGCCCGAGGACCUGAAGAUGGCCUGGGCUAAGAAAGCUCAUGCCCUGCAGAGUGAGUUGCGCUACAAGUCAGACCUGAUGGGCAUGAAGGGCACCGGAUGGCUGGCGCUGAGCUCCCCACAGAUAGAGAGUGCAAGGAAGGCUGGAGAACUCAUCAGUGAGACCAAAUACCGCAAAAAACCGGACAGUAUCAAGUUCACCUCGGUGGUUGACUCCCCGGACCUGGUUCAUGCCAAGAACAGCUACAUGCACUGCAGUGAGCGCCUGUACAGGUCGGGGGACGCGGAAUCCCUGCACAGAUACACCCCGAUCCCCGACCACCCCGAUUUCACCCGAGCCCGCCUCAACGCGCUGCAUCUGAGCGAUAAAGUCUACAGAAACUCCUGGGAGCAGACCCGGGCUGGCGGCUAUGACUUCAGGCUGGACGCCAUCCCGUUCCAGACCGCCCGGGCGUCCAGGGAUAUCGCCAGCGAUUUCCGGUACAAAGAGGCCUUCCUGCGGGACCGGGGCCUGCAGGUCGGGUACCGCAGCAUCGACGACGACCCGCGGAUGAGGCAUUUCCUCAGCGUCGGCAAACUCCAGAGUGACAACGAGUACAAGAAGGACUUUGCUAAGAGUCGGUCCCAGUUUCACAGCCGCCCAGACCAGCCCGGCUUCGUCCAGGCCAAGAGGAGCCAGCAGCUGGCCAGCGACGUGUGCUACCGGCAGCCCCUGCCCCAGCCCACCUGCGACCCGGAGCAGCUGGGCCUGAAGCACGCACAGAAGGCCCACCAGCUGCAGAGUGAUGUCAAGUACAAAUCAGACUUGAACCUGACCAGAGGUAUGGGCUGGACCCCUCCUGGCUCCUACAAAGUGGAAAUGGCUCGGCGGGCUGCAGAACUGGCCAGGGCAAGGGGCCAGGCUCUCCAGGGAGCCUACAGCGGGGCAGAGGUCACGGAGACUGGAGAUCACCCCAGGGGGGAUGUGAACCCAGAUGCCAUGGAGAUUCUGCACGUCAAGAGGAGGAAGGCUGUGCCCUUGUGAGCGAGCGAUGUCCACCCAGGUUCUCGGAAGAGGCUGGAGAGGAAUUUGCACGCCGGAGGCAUGCUUAGCCGGCCUCAGCUGGGGCGUGCUGUG